ACCACCCUCAUCUAACAUUAGAAAACAGACGUUCUGAUUCCAACACCUGCAAACGCCAUUUGCAAGACAUCUAGAUUCAGAUCUCUUCUCUUUCGUUUUCCUCUUCCCGGUUCCUGCAUUUCAUCUGCGUAUUCCUGCUAAUUUCUUCUACUACUUCCUCGGAUUCUUCUCAGAGAACAUAGGUGGUUCUAAAUUGGUAAAGGAGAUGACGGCAAAUACUUUGGAUACAGAAAAGCUUAAACACAUGGGUUGAUUCAAUUGAGACAGGUAGUCAAGAAGUAGGUGGGUUGUCAUAGAGGGCCAUUUUCCUCACGGUGGUAUGACGAAAAGGGUACUGUCCCAGUGAAUACCCCAUUGAUUUAUGCAGAUUCAAGUGUGCAGCAUACUGGUCUCAAAUUGCCUUCACUUCAACUGGGUCAACUUGUAUAAACUGUCAUUUUGAGAGGAGAUAAACUGAUAUAUAAAGUGUCAGCAGACAAAUAUGCAAUCUAUAGGCGGGGAGACUGAGGCCCACUUUCCUGUUCACAUUGAGGGAAAUGAAAGUGAGAAAUAUGAACCUUUUAGUAUUGAGAACGAACCUGGGGGGAAUAUUAAUGGCGAUGACUGUGAAUCCUUUCACAAUGAUAUUCACAGUGAUAAAUAUAAUUCUCCGCGGCUAGAUGCAAAGAAUCCUCUAUCCAAUUCCCAUGUGCUCAAGACAUUAUUCUAUGUUCUUGUCUGGUAUACUUUUAGCCUUCUUUUGACUUUAUAUAAUAAAUCUUUAUUAGGAGAUCAUUUGGGCAGGUUCCCGGCUCCAUUGCUCAUGAAUACUGUUCAUUUUACAAUGCAAGCUGUUAUAUCCAAUUUGAUUACAUGGAUUUGGUCUAGUCGAUUCCAUCCUUCUGUUACUAUGACAUGGAGGGAUUACUUCAUGAAAGUUGUCCCAACGGCUCUUGGAACAGCCUUGGAUGUUAAUCUAAGCAAUGCAUCCCUUGUCUCGAUAUCAGUCACAUUUGCUACCAUGUGUAAAUCCGGUUCUCCUAUAUUUCUACUCCUGUUUGCUUUUGCUUUCAGGUUGGAAACUCCUAGCUUUAGACUUUCUGGCAUCAUCUUGAUUAUAUCUGUUGGAAUUUUAUUAACAGUUGCAAAGGAGACAGAAUUUGAAUUCUGGGGUUUCAUUUUUGUUAUGGUUGCUUCUGUUAUGUCUGGCUUCAGGUGGUCCAUGACGCAAAUUCUUCUUCAGCGAGAAGCAUAUGGGUUGAAAAAUCCUUUUACCCUGAUGAGCUACGUGACACCAGUGAUGGCCAUUGUGACUUUGAUGCUAUCCCUUGGUUUAGAUCCGUGGGAAGAAUUUACCAGUAAUGGAUAUUUCAAUAGUAUCUGGCAUGUUACUCGGAGUUUCUUGCUGAUGCUUUUUGGUGGAGCACUUGCCUUCUGUAUGGUAUUAACAGAAUAUAUCCUUGUCUCUGUUACUAGUGCUGUCACGGUUACAGUUGCUGGUGUUGUAAAGGAGGCUGUAACUAUAUUGGUUGCAGUAUUUUACUUCCAUGAUAAAUUUACCUGGCUCAAAGGAAUUGGUCUCAUCAUAAUAAUGAUUGGUGUCAGCUUGUUCAAUUGGUACAAAUACCAAAAGCUACAGAAGAAAUCUAGUGAAGAUAACGUGGUAAGCUCACAGUCAACAAAUGUUGAUGCCAAAUAUGUAAUUCUUGAGGAGAUGGAUGAGGAAGAUGGCCACCAUUGAUUGCCAAAUUACAUCGUCUGAAUCUUAGCAAAUUCAAAUUUCUACGAUUUGUCCCGCUUUAGGAGUGAAUGGCAGCGUGGGGAUGCCCUCUGUGUAAAUACACAAGUCUUAGCCAGUAACAUUUUACAUGUUGAACCUUUUAACUCCAAAAUUUUGGAGGAUUAGGGAGAACGUUAGAGUCUUAAUUUCUCUAUAUAUGAAGGGGCUCCACUCCUGUUUAGUAUGGUUCGAGUCUUCUCCAUUAUUGUUACUUGGUAAAGAGGACUUUCAUCAGAGGCCUUAAUGACCCGAUAACCGAUUUAAUCACUUUUAUCCUGUUCUAUUUGAAAUUUGUGCGCCAAUUUGGCUCAUACAAAACAAUAAGGGGGAUUGUUGAUUGAAAAUAGUGCGGCUCGUGGUUGUCCUUUGGACCCAAAGCCUGUUACUUUUGUCAUGAGAUUUGCUUAAAUUUUGAUGAUGCCGGCGGUUGGAAGUUACAUGAUGAAUUAUCAUUCUAAUUUCUGAGAAUAAA